CAUGGCGUCGGGGGGGGGGUCCGACGUGCGGCGCGAAUUGUGACGCUAGCGCGCGACGUGCUUGGUGCGCAGGCGCGCUCGGCCGCGAAUCGGUGGUUUCCGGUUCCGCCGUCCUCUUUUUCUUCAUCGAGGCGGCGGAGAGGCAGACGCAAAGAUGCAGAUCUUCGUGAAGACCCUGACGGGCAAGACCAUCACCCUCGAGGUCGAGCCCAGUGACACCAUCGAGAAUGUCAAGGCCAAAAUCCAAGACAAGGAGGGCAUCCCCCCCGACCAGCAGCGUCUGAUAUUUGCCGGCAAACAGUUGGAGGAUGGCCGCACGCUGUCUGACUACAACAUCCAGAAAGAGUCCACCCUCCACCUGGUGCUACGUCUGCGAGGUGGCAUCAUCGAGCCCUCCCUGCGCCAGCUCGCCCAGAAGUACAACUGCGACAAGAUGAUCUGCCGCAAGUGUUAUGCGCGCCUGCACCCCCGUGCCGUCAACUGCCGCAAGAAGAAGUGCGGCCACACCAACAACCUGCGCCCCAAGAAGAAGGUCAAAUAAGGCCCCUCCCCGCAGGGCAGCCCCUGCCCGAGCCCCAUGGCCCCACGGCCUCAAUAAAGUCCCCCUCAUUGACUGGAGCAGUAAA